AUGACACAAAAAGCUGUGGUCAAAAAUGCGGAUAUGACAAACGAAAUGCAGAAACAUGCGGUGGAGAUUUGUGCCGAUGCAUUACAUCGAUUCGAAAUGGAGAAGGAUAUUGCCAGUUACGUCAAGAAAGACUUUGAACGAAAAUACGGUCCGACCUGGCAUUGUAUUGUUGGCCGAAGCUAUGGAAGCNUUGUGACACAUGAGCCGGGGUCAUUUAUUUACUUCUUCCUGGACAAAUACGCUGUUCUUCUAUUCAAAUCCGGAUAA